AUGAGUACCGAAGAAUAUGUGCAGAAAAUAAGGUGUUUGCUGUCUGACACAAAUGUAUACAAGCCAGUGUCAUACAAUCCAACGGCCAGAGUUACUCGGCGCAUUCGAACUUUGAUCCACGAAAACAAAGAUGUCUUCACGGAGGACGAGUACAAUUUUCUACACAAACCCAAACCUGUGCAACCCCCUAAGCUAUAUGGUCUGCCUAAAAUUCACAAAAGGAACAUUCCUCUGAGGCCCAUUGUGAGUCAAAUUGACUCUCCGACAUACAACUUGGCUAAACAUGUUGCUGGAGUGCUGCGACCAUUAGUUGGGAAAACACCGUCUUUCGUGAAGGAUUCGGUCCAUUUCAGGGACAUAGUGAAGAGUAUAAGGUUGGAACCCGGAGAUACCAUGGUGAGUUUCGAUGUUGAGUCACUUUUUACUAACGUUCCACUCAAGGAUUGCAUCGAGGUGAUUAAAAACAAGCUGUGUGACCAUGAGUUGCCUAAGGAAUAUAUUGUUCUCAUUGAACACUGUUUGGACGGUAAUUACCUUCUCUUCAGAGAUCAGUACUACCUCCAGAUCGAUGGCGUUGCAAUGGGUAGCCCUCUGGCGCCGAUAAUUGCAAAUAUCUGGAUGGAGCACUUUGAAGACCUAGCUUUAGCUACUGGACCAUGUACUGUGAAGCUUUGGAAGAGGUACGUUGAUGAUGUUUUUUGCAUUAUUAAUGGAGGUCAACAGGAAAUAGAACAGUAUGUUAAUUACCUUAACUCAAUCCAUCCAAAAAUAAAGUUCACCUACGAGAUGGAGAAAAACAGAUGCCUCGCAUUUUUGGAUGUGGAGAUCAAAGUGAAGGAGGAUGGUACAUUAUCCCACACUGUGUACAGAAAACCUACACACACUGACAGAUAUCUACACGCAUCUUCUCAUCAUCAUCCUCGGCAUCUUCAAUCUGUUAUAUCAUCAUUAACAAACAGAGCUCAUAACCUUUGUGACCCUGAACAUUUACCCAAGGAGCUAACACAUGUUCAGGAGGUACUUAGACGUAACGGGUAUAAGGUGUCGAGGGGAUUGAGAAGACAGAAGGAGAAAACGAGGUAUCCAGAGGUGAACCGUCAAGCAGCAUUUUUACCAUACAUCAAAGGCGUAACGGACAAAAUUGGAACAGAGCUGAGGAAAUACUCCAUUAAGACUGUGUAUACUCCGUUACGUACAAUUGUCGGCAAAAUAUUAGAGAGACUGUUGCAACCGGAACUGCUUAAGAAGAUUAAAAUUGACGACGCGCAGUUUGGCUUCCGGGCCGGACUCUCGACGGAUGCCGCUAUAGCCAGUCUGAAAAGCACCAUAAACCACUACAAGUCCCAGGUAGUACCCAAAGUGUACUUGAAUGGAUGUGAGAUAGGUGGUGUUAAGCAGUUCCGGUAUCUAGGUCACUUGCUGACUGACCGGCUGGAGGAUGACGCUGACAUUGAGCGAGAGCGCAGGGCUCACGCCGUCAGAGCUAACAUGAUCGCUCGACGUUUUGCCAACUGCAGCAGGGACUUUAAGACCACACUUUUAAGGCGUAUUGCCUUAGCAUGUACACCUGCCAGCUUUGGAUAA